AUGCUGGCGAAGGAUAUUCGCUGGAUGCAUCAGAUGCUUCUGCUCGCCGAAAUGGUUACCAAGGUCAACAAGCCAUGGCUGCCGCUGCUGCUCAUCUCCCCGUGUCGCCCGCCGCCGAAUCUCUUCCACUGCAGCCGAUUGGUCCGCAACCAGGGGUCCGCGUGGCUCUUCAACAUGUCAGCUGCUGACGUGGCACCGAAAAUUCAGCCGCUGGGGUCCUGCGGCAUGGCUCAGCCAACCAGACAAGACCCGCCCGCAGUGGGCUCAGUAGCGUACGCCACCGUUCUGCACACCUCGGAGUUCUACGUGUGCGGCGCGAUCGUGCUGGGGCACAGCAUUCGGCGCAGUGGCAGCCGCCACGACCUGGUGGCGCUGGUGUCGCGCGAAAUCAGCAACCGCAGCCGCGACGCGCUCGGGGAGGCCGGGUGGAUCGUCAAGGAGAUUGAGAGAAUCCGAAACCCGUUUGCGCAGGAGAACACUUACAACGAGUGGAACUACAGCAAGCUGCGGCUGUGGCAGCUGACAGAGUACUCCUCAGUCAUAUUCGUGGACGCGGAUCUGCUGGUGCUGCGCAAUCUCGAUCAUCUCUUCGCCUUCCCCGACGUGGCGGCGCGAGGCAACGAUAAGACGGACUUCAACUCGGGCCUCAUGCUGCUGCGCCCCUCCGCUUGCACCUUCCGCGAGCUGCUCACCAACGUGCACACCAUCCGCUCGCCCAACGGGGGUGACCAGGGCUACCUGAACAACUACUUCACGUGGUGGCACCGCCUGCCAGACUCCGUCAACAUCCUGAAGCACGUGUGGGCAACCGAAGAACCCCGCCGAACCAACGAGCUCGCCACAAAGAAUCGGUGGUUCUCAGAGGAGCCAGCUGAAAUCCACACCAUCCACUACCUCGGCCGCAAGCCCUGGCAGUGCUACCGCGACUUUGACUGCACGUGGCUGUACCCAUAUGACCACGCAUACGCCAACGAGGCGGCGCAUCAGAGGUGGUGGAAGAUGCAUGACGAGAUGGCUGUGGGCCUGCAGGAGCACUGCUGGCUGAGAAAUAUUCACAAGGCGGAGAUUGAGUUCCGCAUGAGGAAGUUGAAGAGCCAGAAUUCGCCUGCGGCGUUUUGGGAUUUCGAGGUGAAGGAUCCGAGGAGGGAUGCGUGCAUGCCGGGGCAGAUUUCGUGUGACUGGAUGGAUUAUUUGAAUCACUGGAAGGAUGAGGAUGCGUGA